AGGAGCACCCCCCCUCUCCGAAACCGACCUGGCUCUUCCUUGCUGCCCAGAACAGACCCCCAUUUCUGACUGACCUCGCUUCAUGAGCAAACGCCAGCCUCGUGACGUCACAGCCCUGCUCAUCCCCUCAGCCUGAUGUCACGCUUAGCCCCCUCCCCUCUCACGUCGUGCUUCCUUAGUGUCCUAGUCACCUGGUCCACGGCCGAGUGCUGGCGCCACAUCACGGAGCCAGCCAAGCCAGACUUCCAGGGAAACUCCUAGGACUUUUAGUGAACUCUAGGGUGUUGGGGACUGUCGUAAUCACCGCCCCCACGUCUAAUCUCGUCUUCCCACUGUUACUGUCAUUUGUUGCCCUUGUCCAGCUUUCAGUUUGGGUAUUCUGAACUCCAACCUAGAUCGGACUCUGAUCCCUAUAUUCUCAUCCUGAGAACCCAGCAGUGAUGUGGAGGCAGAGACUCACGGGAGCCCCGGACUUCACCUGAGCUAUCUCAGUCACCAAGAGUGGCAAGAAAAGGAAGAAAAGCCUGAGUUGGGGGGGACAAGGAUGCCUGACCGGGACAGCUAUGCCAAUGGCGCUGGCAGCAGCGGUGGAGGUCCUGGAGGUGGUGGCAGUGAGGAGGCCAGUGGGGCAGGGACAGGCAGUGGGGGAGCCACUUCAGAUGCCAUCUGUAGAGACUUCCUGAGGAAUGUGUGCAAGCGAGGCAAGCGUUGUCGGUACCGCCACCCAGACAUGAGUGAGGUAUCCAACUUGGGGGUAAGCAAAAAUGAAUUUAUCUUCUGCCAUGACUUCCAAAACAAGGAGUGUAGCCGCCCAAACUGCCGUUUCAUCCAUGGCUCCAAGGAGGACGAGGAUGGAUAUAAGAAGACAGGAGAGCUGCCCCCACGGCUGAGGCAGAAGGUGGCAGCUGGGCUGGGCCUUUCACCUGCUGACCUACCCAAUGGUAAGGAGGAGGUCCCUAUCUGCCGUGACUUCCUCAAAGGUGACUGUCAGAGAGGAGCCAAGUGCAAGUUCCGGCACCUGCAAAGGGAAUUUGAGUUUGAUGCUCGAGGUGGUACUGGAGGUGGAGGCUUGUCAGGCUCCAUUCCCCCUGGUCGACGCCAUGAUCUCUAUGAUAUCUAUGACCUUCCUGAAAGGGGCUUUGAGGACCAUGAACCAGGCCCUAAGCGCCGGAGAGGUGGAUGCUGCCCUUCUGAUAGCCUCCAUUUUGAGUCCUAUGAAUAUAACUUGGCUCUACCCCGUGGAGUAGAGUGCAGACUGCUAGAGGAGGAGAAUGCCAUGCUCAGGAAACGUGUGGAGGAGCUGAAGAAACAAGUGAACAAUCUGCUGGCCACUAACGAGGUACUUCUGGAACAAAAUGCCCAAUUCCGAAAUCAGGCCAAGGUCCUGACCCUGAGCUCUACUGCACCAGCAACUGAGCAAACCCUGGCUCCCACCGUGGGCACUGUGGCCACUUUUAACCAUGGCAUUGCACAGACUCACACCACUCUGAGCAGCCAGGCUCUACAGCCUCGUCCUGUGUCCCAGCAAGAACUUGUGGCUCCUGCUGGAGCUCCAGCUGCUCCCCCAACCAAUGCUGCACCUCCUGCUGCUCCACCUCCCCCACCUCCACACUUGAACCCAGAGAUCACGCCACUAUCAGCCGCUUUGGCGCAAACCAUCGCCCAGGGGAUGGCACCCCCACCUGUGUCCAUGGCCCCUGUAGCUGUGUCUGUGGCUCCUGUGGCUCCUGUGGCUGUGUCCAUGGCCCAGCCCUUGGCAGGAAUCACAAUGAGCCACACUACUACUCCUAUGGUGACUUACCCCAUUGCUUCCCAGAGCAUGCGUAUCACAGCCAUGCCACACUGACAGGACUAAUGGAUUCUUCCUGUUACAGCAUCUGAGGGCUGGGGUCAAGGGGCCCUUCCCCACUUGCCCUCCCAGGACCUGUCUGAAGGGCCACCCAGAAACUAGGACAAGAGACUACAAGGAAUAUACUUCGUAGGAGCAUCUCCUGAGGCAGGGUCGUGCUGGUGUGUUCUCUCUCCUUCAGGCCUCACUCAGACAGAGGCUUGCACAGGCAUUGAGACUGGGCCAGCAAAAAGAAAGGACUGAGGGACUGUUCUCUCAUAGGAAGUUGGGAAUGUCCCUGGUCUUGUCCUCACUUGUAAACAGUACAGGUUCCAGCACUGGUAUGAGAGAGGAAAAUUCCCUACCAAGAGCCAGGAAAGGUUGGGAAAGUGGGUAGUCAGGAGAGAAGACCCCAUGGGAGCCUUCAGAUGAUUUGGGGCCUAAAAUUAUUCCUGGGCCCCUAGGAAGGCUGGGACCAUAGUACUUCAACCCAGACUAGGGAAACAUUCGCCUACCUAGCUUGGCCUGGAAAUCUGUAGGGCAGUGCCCACCAACUUCCAAAGAAAUAAAAGACCAUUAUUUUUUAACAAAGGAAGUGAGCAUUGCUUAGAUGGCUAUUGGGGAAGAUGGGAGCAUAAAUAGAUCUCAUGCUAAAAAGGGUAAAGACUUACCC